AUGUUGACUCUCAAGACGUUGAAAAAAGUUCCCAGCGCUACAAAAUUAGCAAAUCUUGAAGCCCAAAACUCCCCAAAUUCCGGCGGUUCGACAACGGCAAGCAGUUCAACGACGACAUCAUCGGCUUCGCCAUUAGCAUCGGCUUUACCACUCGCACAACUGUUGGCCAAACCGGGAGCUUUGAAUGCUCUGUCAAGCCUUCAGGCACUGGGAGGUUUGACGGAAUUGUUAGGUUUGGCCGGCGGUUUAGGGAGUGGAUCUCAGGUUCAAACAACCGGAGUACACCGUUCUCACACAAAGUCUUACAAUUCACGUAACAGAAAUAGCGAUCAUGACGAUAUAAAACCCAAAACGGAACGCAGAAAGGGAAAACAAAACAAAGGAAAACAAAGCAAAAGAAAAAUGAAAGGACCCUCUUCUCUUACCAAAGUUAUACAAGACAUUUUAGCUAUUAUUAUUAUUAGUAAUUAG